UAUUUCCCUUUUUUUCUGAUUGAGGAAAACGACGAGUUGCCAACUGGUGUUUGUGUAAAAUGUAUUGGGGCCUUGGAAUUUUUAUGUGACUUUUACGAUUGGUGUCAUCGAACUCAACAAUCGUUUAACGAUCAGUUAAAAAAUAAUUUUGACACGUGUGAAAAUUCGGAAAACGAAUCGGACAAGGAAAAUAUAUCACCCGAACAAAAGUCAAAGCGUAAAUUAAAAUUUAAAUCAUCAACAAUUAUUAUUGAACAUGAGAAAAAUUUCAAUAAAAAUGAUUCAAAUGAAAAUGAAAAAUUAUUAAUUUCACAACAAGAAAUUAUUGAUAUUGAUUUUGAAAAGGAAAAUUGUUCAACAAUAUUAACAAAACCAACGGAAAUAAUAACAAAUUACAAUAACGAAAUUUCUCAAAUUCACGAUAAUCAAGUUUAUUUCAAUCUUGAGAAUAUAAUUGUAAAUCAAAAAAAUUUAUCAACCACAACAUCAGCUAAUGUUAUUAAUGAAAAUUUUGAUAAAAAAAAUCAAUUGACAAAUGAUAAUAAUAAUAAAAAUAAUAAUAAAAAAUUAAUUGAACCAACAUUGGAAGUUUGGUUAAAAUCAGGAAAUGCAAUGAAUAAAAAGCGUAAAAUUGAUGAUAAUAAUCAAAGUCAAAUUGAAAAAAAAAAAUUACCACGUAUUUGUGAAUCAAGAUAUAGUAAAAUUUCUGAAUUAAUGACUGAUGAACAAAAAGAAACUGUUGAAAAUUAUUAUCGUGUCGAUAUGACUGUUGUCGAUGAAAAUAAAGUCGCUGAAAAUAUGACAAUUUAUUCACGUAAUGAAAUUGAAUGUAAAAUAUGUCGACAAAAAUAUAAUCGUAUGGAUAAAUGUCAGGUACACAUUUGGAGGCAUUUAGAAAUGAAACCAUAUUUAUGUACUGCCUGUGAUUUUACAACACUAACAGUUUCAAAUAUACGUUGUCACAUUAGAAAAAGUCAUUUGAAAAUAAAACCCUAUGUGUGUCCACUUUGUGAGAAACAAUAUACAUCACCGUCAUCAUUGCAGGAACAUCUUAAUACACACACAGGUGAAAAGCCAUAUCGUUGUGAUGAAUGUGAUUUUUCAAGUGCCAGUAAACAAGUUUUGUCUUAUCACAAACUCACUCACAAACAGGAAAAGGAUGUCGAGUGUGAUGUGUGUGGAAAAAAAUUUUAUUCAAAAGGACGACUUCGUAGUCACAAAUUUAUACAUAAUAAAGACACUUCAUUUAAAUGUAAAUUUUGCUCAACAUAUUUUAUGAAUAAGGAAGCACUCGAGAAACAUUACAGUACAUCGCACGUUCAAGAUUAUGAAUGUAAUAUUUGUAAUAAAACUUAUAAAUCAAGAAAAUCGUUACACAAUCAUCAAAAUGUUCAUUCGGAGGCAAAAUAUCAAUGUUCAUUGUGUCCGAGAAGGUACAAAAGUCAACAUAUCUUGAAAGAACAUCUUUUAAAACAUGGUGGAAUUAGAAAAUAUAAAUGUAAAACUUGUGAGAAAACUUUUGCCCAACAAUCACAUUUAUCAGCUCAUAUGUCCGUUCAUAAGGGAUUCAGAUUCGAAUGUCCUGGCUGUAAAAAAUGGUUUAAUCGUCAUGACAAUAUGAAAGCACACACAAAACGUUGUAGUAAAAUUUUAGAUGAUCCCACAUUAAUGGAACUUGUUGCAAAUAAUACAAAAAUGAAAACCGAAAGUUGCAGUAGUAUUGAUAAUAUGAGUGUUUCAUCGAAAAGUUCAUCAGUGACAUCAGUGAAAAUAAUUCCAAUGAAUGUGACAACAAAAAUGGAAAAAAAUGUAAAUAUGGAAAAUUACAAUAAUGAUAAUGAUGAUAAUGAUAAUGAUGAAGAAGAAGAAGAAGAAGAAGAAGAAUCAGAUGGUGAAUAUCAUUAUGGUAAUAAUGAUAAUAAUUCACGUAAAACAAGUGAAAUUUUACAUUCCUUGGCUGAAAGUGAUGACGAUGAUGAUGAUGACAAUGACGAUAACGAUGACAUGAAUGACAAUCGAAACGAGGAUAUUAUUAAUAGAGGCGAAUUAUCCGUAACGGAAAAUAUUCUCUCACCCGAAUGUUUCUGAUCAAAAAAUGAAAAAAAGAAAACAUUUUUUUACAAAAAUAUUUUCAACAAAUUUUCUAAUUUUUUUUUUUUCAUUUUUUUUUUAGUAAAUUAUUAUUUUUUAAGAGGAAUAUUUUUUUUACACUCCUUUUAAUGGGGGGCGGGUAAAGAAAACGUCGAUUUUUUUAUUUUAAAAUUUAAUGCACGAGAAUCGAUAAUAAAAUAUUAAAUCAGGGAAAAAAAAGAGAAACAAAAAAAAAAAAAUUGUGAUAAAAAAAUAUUUUUUUUUUAAUAGAAAAUUUUAAAUAAUUUUAUUUUUUCUAUUUCUUUCUUUUUAAUAUUUGUUUUUUCAAAUAAAUAUUUCUAUUUUAUUGAAUAUACUCGCAAAUAAAUAUUGAAAAAUUAUUUUAAUUAUUCAAAAACAAAAAAAAAGAAAGGAAACAAUUUUGUGUAAAAAAUAAAUUUCGAUAAAUAUUUAUUAAUUAAUUAAAUUAAUAUUCGCUGUUAAUAAAUUAUAUUAUGCAUAUAUAGUAAAAGUAAAUAUAAAAAAUAAAUAAAUUAGUUUAAUAAGGAAGAAAAUUAAGUUUUUUUUUUUUUCUUUGUUCUUCUUUUUUGGAAAAAUAUUUGAAAAUAUUGAAUUUGACAAUUUUUUAUUAAGAAAAAAGUGAAAAUAAUUUUUAGAUCUUAUUUUUUUUUCAACAUUUAAAGCGAGUUUUAUCGAUACUAAUUUUUUUCAUGUAUAGGUUUCUCUUUUUUUUUUACAAAAAAAAAAAAUUUCAUUUCUAUUUUUACUACGAAAAUUUUUAGUAAAUAAAGGAAAAGAAAUUUUUUUUUACUAGCGAAUAUUUUAUCAUUAUAACUAUUUUGUUCGAACGGUACUUGAAUUUCGAAAAAAAAAUAAUUUUUAAUUUUUAAAGAUAAUUUUAAUAUUUGUUUUAAAAUUAACUUUUUUAUUUUUUUUUUCUCUUGUGAUUUUAAUAUUUAAAUUUUAAGACGAGCAAAAAAUUUUUGAUAUAUUUUGUUUUUUUAGUACAAAAAAGAAAUAUUAUAAUUGAUAAUUAAUAAUUGCAAAAAAAAAAAAGAAAUUUGAAUUUAUUUUUCAAAAAAAAUUACAAAAAUUAAAUUAAAAUUUAUCAAAAAAAUUUUUCGCCUCUUUUUUUACAGUAACUUUUAUUUUUCUUUUUUUAAUUCAUGAUUUCUCAACGAUUUUUGUUUUUGCAAUUUUCGUUUCGCCGUUAUUAAAAAAGGGAAUCAAAUAUAAUAAUACAUAAUAUUUAAUAAAAUAUAUAAACAAAAGAAUUGAAAGUGUCUUUCGAACAAGGACAAAAAUUUAUAACAAUAAGUGCGUGACAAAAAAAGAGAGGAUAAUAAUAAUAUAUUUUUUUUAUACUUGUCAAUUUUCAUCUCUAGCGAGAGACUUGACCUAUAUAUAUAUAAAUAAAUAAAUAAAAUAACGAAUUUAAAUGGA